GACGACGAUCUCCCUUGACCUAACAUCCCCUCAGCAAGCCAUUCUACACAAAACAUGGCUCACCUCACUAAGCCCCAGACCUACAACAUUGAAGACACGAACAUAGCGCUUCUGGGAUCGGAUCUCGAGAAGAACGUACGCGAGCACGCAGGGGACAAGGAGCUCGCCUGGAGCGCGGCCAAUCUAGACGAACCCGGCAUCCGCAUCUGGCGCAUCGAGCAAUUCCACGUCGUAGAAUGGCCUAAGGAGCGGUACGGAUCGUUCUACGACGGCGAUUCGUAUAUCAUCCUUCACACAUACAAGAAGACUCCAGAGUCAGAGUCGGUCUCCUACGAUCUGCACUUCUGGCUCGGCAGCAACACCACCCAGGACGAAGCUGGCACUGCGGCCUACAAGACCGUCGAGCUGGAUGAUCACCUUCACGGCCUCCCCGUUCAAUACCGCGAAGUCCAAGACCUCGAAUCCGCCCGCCUCAUCUCCUACUUCCCCCGCUUUCUCGUCCUUCGCGGCGGUGUCGCCACCGGCUUCCGGCACGUCUCCGAGGCGCCCCCGCCCGACGUGCGCCGCCUCUACCGCGUCACGCUCUCUCGCGCGGGCGCCAAGUUCCACCUCGUCGUGCGCGAGGUGCCGGCGGAGGCGGAGAGUCUGGUCGCGGGCGAUGUGUUCGUGCUGGAUAUGGGCGCGCGGGUGUGGCAGCUCAAUACAAAGGCGAGCGCGGGGAAAGAGAAGUUUAAGGCGGCGGAGUUUGCGCAGAGCUUGGUGAACGAGCGGCAGGGGCAAUGCGAGGUGACGGUUUAUGACGAAGGCGGCCCCGGCGCAGGCAUCUUUCUCGCCGAGUUCGGGGACGGCACGACGCUCCGCGAGCAGGUCCCCGAGGAGGACAGCGGCAUACCGCCCACCCUGUACCGCCUCUCCGACGCCUCAGGGGACGUUGUCUUCGAGAAGGUGGAGCCGGUCUCCGAGUCCUCGCUACACACCGACGACGCCUUCCUCCUGGACUACUCCCUCGCGAAGGAGCGACCUGCGAUAUUCGUGUGGAUCGGCAAGGGUGCGUCGCUGCACGAGCGCCGCCUCGUCGUACAGUACGCGCAGAGGUUCUUGAACGAGCACAAGGCGGAGGGGCGUGUUAGGGCGGGUAUUCCGAUCAUCAAGAUGGUUGAGGGGAAUGAGUCGGACGAGUUCAUCAGAGUGCUGGCUGGCGAGCAUCAAGCAGUACGCUUGACCUCAGUAGCGCAAGAGCUCUUCCGGGAGAGCGGGGACUCGGACGUGUACGCCGGGAGCGUGCCGAGGGACUGGACGGUGGGAAAUGUCGCUCAUGGUGGCUUCACCCUCUCGUUGAUCGUGCAAGCAGCGAUCCUGCACCAGCGGAAGACGGCUCAUAGCGAGAUCGUCCAUGUCUCCGCGCACUUCCUCCAGGCUGUCACCGUAGAUGCAUGUGAAGUGCAUGUCAAAAGACUACGCGUCGGAAAGUCAUACGCCAAUGUUCUCGCCGAGCUCCUCCAGAACCGCCAGCAACGCAUCCUCGUGCACCUCAUCUUCGGUGUCUCCUCCCCCUCCCCACAAAUGACGUUGGAGCCUCCCUCCCCCUUCGCCCGCCGCAUCCCCCUGCACCAUCAUCCACGAAACGCCACGAUCAGACACCUCCCGGGCAAGAUGAGCUACGCGCAGCACCUCACCUGGGCACCAGAUCCUACUAUCCUCGCGCGUAAUGCGGCAGAAAGCCCCUCUCGAACACGCACAGGCGGCGUUGGUGGCGGAGGCUUCGAGUGGGGCGGGUGGAUGCAGCUGAAGGACCCCAAGGAGCGCAUCACAUCCGCGUUCUUGUGCUUCAUCGCGGACGUGUUUCUUGGGUCUCCUGCUCUGUGGGCUUUCAAUGCGAGAGACAAAUGCGCCAUGAACGAAACCAACUGGUUUCCAACCCUUAACAUGGCCGUGCAAUACGUGUUCCCCAUUCCUCCAGAGGACUCUCCACAUCAUGCACGGCGAACGGUCGGCGUCUACUUCUCCGGGCGCUUUGUGAACGAUGGGCGACACGACGCUACGGUCGAGGUGUGGACGGCGCCAGCAGAGCUGGGUGAAGGAGACGAGAACUUGGACUGGCGGGAGCCCCAACGAUGUUUGGCUACUGCGACGCACUUCGCUCUUGUCGUACCGUUCUCUGUCAAUCAGGCGAAGGGGGGAAAGGUCGCGAAGUUGUAGACUAACACGCAUUGUGACCUGUCCUCCCGCAUUCACUCAUCAAUCCUGGUAUGCACUCAAUGCGAAAGGUCAGUC